CCUCUUGUACCCUGUGCCCCACUGCUAGUUUCCCAUGUGGGGUCUGUCAUAAGGUGGAUCCAGGAGUUUAGUCUCUUCUGGGUGACGCGGAUUGGAAAGGGUUCUGCAAGCAAAGAAAAAAAAAAUUUUUUAACCCCACGCAGUUAAUUGUACGAUAAUUAAAAUAAAUCGGAAUCGUCUCAGAGAGAAGCCAUGAAGUGGACAUGGGUGCUUGUGGCAGUCUUGCUGUCAUUCGGCGGACAGUCACUGUGCAAGGACAGCUUGGACUUCCCCGAAUAUGACGGCAAGGACCGAGUACACAACCUGAACGCCAAGAACUAUAAGUCCGUGAUGAGGAAGUACGACGUUAUGGUGGUGUACUACCAUGACCACCCCGGAUCCAGCCGCGUCGCCCAGAGACAGUUUGAGACUGAGGAGCUGGCCCUCGAGCGUGCAGCCCAAGUCCUGGAUGAGUUUGAAGACGAGGAUAUUGGAGUUGGACUCAUCGAUGCAAAGCUUGACAAGGUCGUUGCAAAGAAAUUAGGCCUUGAAGAGUCCGACAGCAUCUUCAUCUUCACCGACGAUGAAGUCAUAGAGUACGAUGGUGAACUUGAGGCAGACACUCUAGUGGAGUUCAUCUAUGAUGUCCUUGAGGAUCCUGUGGAAAUUAUUGACAACAGCAGAGAGCUGAAAGGCUUUGAAAGCAUCGAAGAGGACAUCAAACUGGUGGGCUACUUUAAGAGUCACAAGUCAGAACAUUUCGAAGCCUUCGCAGAUGCCGCUGAAGAGUUCCAUCCUCACAUCAAGUUCUUUGCGACAUUUAAUCCUAAGGUUGCUAAGGCCCUGGAGUUGAAGCUCAAUGAAGUAGACUUCUAUGAAUCCUUCAUUGAGAAUCCUGUGGUCAUCCCGGGAAAACCUUACUCUGAGAAAGAACUGGUGAAAUUCAUUGAAAAUAAUGACAGACCAACGCUGAGGAAACUAAAACCCAGCAACCUGUAUGAGAUCUGGGAUGAUGAUGUCGGUGGAGAACAUAUUGUCGCUUUUGCAGAAGAGGCCGAUAUCGAUGGCUUUGAGUUCUUGCACAAAUUGAAACAAGUUGCAGAGGAUAACACCGAGAACCCUGACCUCAGCAUUCUCUGGAUUGACCCUGACGAUUUCCCUCUGCUUUUGCCACACUGGGAAAAGACCUUUGGAAUCGACCUGUCCCACCCACAGAUUGGUGUCAUUGAAGCUGACGAUGCUGACAGCGUGUGGAUGGACAUUGAUAAUGGGGAGGAUUUACCUUCUGUGGAUGAGCUGGAGGAGUGGCUUGAAGAUGUUUUGUCGGGAGAUAUUGAUCCUGAGGAAGACGACGACGAUGACGACGACGACGAUGACGACGACGAUGAUGACGACGACGACGACGACGACGAUGACGACGAUGAUGACGAUGACGACGAUGAUGACGAUGAUGACGAUGACGAUGAUGACGAUGACGAUGAUGAUGAUGAUGAUGACGACGACGAUGAUGACGACGACGACGAUGAUGACGAUGAUGAUGACGAUGAUGACGACGAUGACGACGACGAUGAUGACGAUGAUGACGAUGAUGACGACGACGAUGAUGACGAUGAUGAUGACGAUGACGACGAUGACGACGAUGAUGAUGACGAUGAUGACGACGAUGAUGACGAUGACGACGAUGACGACGAUGAUGACGACGACGAUGAUGAUGACGACGAUGAUGAUGACGAUGAUGAUGAUGACGACGAUGAUGAUGACGAUGAUGACGACGAUGAUGAUGAUGAUGACGACGAUGAUGAUGACGACGACGAUGAUGAUGACGACGACGAUUAGACAGCUGAGUCGUAAUUUAAACUUUAAGUCUGACCAAUACCAUUUGAAGAGUCAACAUUACCAUCGCGUUGAUGACUUUGCUGAAUCAACCACUUUUGUGACAAUUUCUGAUCAGGAAGUCGUCCGUUCAUGUAAAUCCUUCAUCUUUUCAUCAUCCUCUCUCAGCAGCUCACCAGAAUCACUAUAUUCCAUUAGUUUUUUUGUCGUUCUCCCUGACAAAGUUACUGAUCUAUGAUGUAAAAAAAUCUUCUAUUUAUUUCCACAUGUAAUACUGUCUUGUACAAUAAAAGAAGAUAUUCUUUAAAAAUCCUGUCACCUACUGCUUUUGAUUUUGAACAUAUUAAAGUUUUUAUAUUCAUAGAAUUGAAAGGGUUUUGUUGUUUUUAUGCAAAAUAUAAAAGCCCAAAUGUCUUGUCUUUUGCUGUUUGCAUGUUUUAUGUGCAUUCAGAUAUUUUCUUGUUUUCCCCGGUACUGAACUGAAUAAUAUUCGAUUCAAGGGUGCUAACAGUCUGUCACGUUGGGUCUCAAACACCACCAGUCUACUGUGUUCAGUCAGUGUGAUGCUGUACAAUGAAAGUACUGUACAUCAUAUGGAUGUUUUCUAUGAUGAUGAAUUAUGACAACAACCAGAUUCUAUUUUUGUAAAGAGAGAAUUUUAAUUUACUGUGAAGUCUUAAAUAAACAACAACUUGGAAAGAAAGUCA